AUGGGUGCCGACUGGAACCCGGGUGGCCAACAACCAUAUAAUGGCAAUUCCAUAGUGGGAGCUACUGCCGCCAUUGCUGCGGUGCAAGUUGUCUUCGUUGCAGGGAGGUUCUAUACUCGGUUUAUGCAACGGAUGAAAAUUGGUAUCGAUGACUAUCUGAUCCUACUUGCCCUGGCUACAAGUUUGGCAGAAUCAGUGCUCUUUAUUGUCUUGGCCAAGAUCGGCGUAGUUGGGUACCACUUCGACUACGUAUAUCGGAUGCCUGAUAAAGUGGCUCUCACGAGAAAGUGUAUCCUUGCCUUCGAAGUCCUCGAUUACCCUCUCAACAUCACCAUGGCCAAAAUGGCCCUAUUAUGCUUCUAUCUACGCAUUUUUACAACCCGAAAGUUCCAGAUCCUCGUCUACAUAGUGGGCUCACUUGUUCUCGCGGUGGGAGUCAGCGUUCUUCUGGAGAAUUUCCUCCAAUGUCGACCAUUCGCGUACAUGUGGAAUCGAAGCAUCCCCGGCGGAUCGUGCAUCGAUCCAGUCGACGCUUAUCGGAUUCUUGCGCCAUUUAAUGUCCUCACUGGUGUGUUAAUCCUUGUUAUGCCAAUUCCGACUGUGUGGAAAUUGCAUACAUCUAGAAAACAGAAACUGGCCUUGACGGGUGUUUUUCUGUUAGGUGGACUAGGAAAUGUGGCCAGCAUCUUGAGAAUGGUGAUGUACUUUGCCGAAUCAGGUCUCGCUAAGGAGGACCCGACGUGGUUCGCGGCGAAAUUUGGUAUCCUAACGGUCCUCGAGGGAGGUCAUGCCACGGCGAGUCAUGCCCCGGCGUUUUCACACAACAUUCUCUCGCUCCACCUCUCGCAGAACUCAACACCUGGCCUGGUAUUUGAGAAGAAUACCCACAAAUAG